CAUGCAGUGGAACAGCUGAUCUUGGCAGGCGGGAGGCACUAGGGGAGAGGGGGAGUUGAUCGGCGGCCUGAUGGGAGGCACCCAGGGAAGAGGGGAGCUGGCUGCUGGUGGGUGCUAAGCACCCGCUAUUUUUUUUCCCCCCACAGUCAGCAUCUAUGGGGAGCAUUAUUGUCAAUUUAGGGUGAAAUAGGCAGGCCCAGCUACAGGCACCAACUUGGCAAGCAGGUGCUUGGGGUGGCCACUCCGCAGAGGGGCAGCAGGUCCAGCUAUUUGGCAGCAAUUCAGCGGACGGUCCCUCACUCCCGCUCCAAGCGAAGGACCUUCUGCCGAAUUGCCGCCACAGAUCGCAAUCGUGGAUUUUUUUUUUAUUUUUUGUUUGGCUGCUUGGGGCGGCCAAAACCCUGGAGCCGGGAGUGUUUUCAACCACAAACCCCAUCCCUCCCGUUUUGCAACCAUCCCUGGACCAGUGACAGGUGCAUGAGCAGCCCAGUCAUUGGAACUAAGCACGGAGAAGCCAGUGGAAAAAAUGAAAAGGGGCCACUGUGGUCUCAACUUGGGCUCAGGGGCACGCUCUAUACCUACAAACCCUACCUCCCCUUUCACGAAUGCAAUGAAAGCGGCCACUCCGGUCAGGAAGCAGAUCGGGAUAGUUUUUGACCACAUACCCCAUCCCCUCUUGAUUCGCAACCCCAUGGAAGCCAGUGGAAAAAAUGAAAAGGGGCCACUGUGGUCUCACCUUGGGCUCAGGGGCAUGCUCCGUUCCCCCAAACCUUACCUCCCUUUUCACGGAUUCACACACAAAAAAGUGAAACAGCAUGCCUCAAUCAUGCAAUAGAUCAAUUUGGCACAUUAGCCAGGAGGAAGCAGAGUGUGAGUGUUUUCGACCACAAACCCCAUCCCUCCCGUUUCGCAACCAUCCCCCCAGAGGAAGCAGACCGGGAGUGUUUUCCACCACAACCCCAUCCCUCCUGUUUUGCAACUAUCCCCCAGAGGAAGCAGACCGGGAGUGUUUUCCACCACAACCCCAUCCCUCCCGUUUUGCAACCAUCCCUGGACCAGUGACAGGUGCAUGAGCAGCCCAGUCAUUGGAACUAAGCACGGAGAAGCCAGUGGAAAAAAUGAAAAGGGGCCACUGUGGUCUCAACUUGGGCUCAGGGGCACGCUCUAUACCUACAAACCCUACCUCCCCUUUCACGAAUUCAAUGAAAGCGGCCACUCCGGUCAGGAAGCAGAUCGGGAUAGUUUUUGACCACAUACCCCAUCCCCUCCUGAUUCGCAACCCCAUGGACAGGCGGUAGCAAGUUAACGAACAGUUUACCAAACUGCUACGCUGCGUGGCAGAAACCGCUCCCAGUAGCAAAAGGGGAGGGCAGCACUUUGUGCUGACUGCCCUGUAUAUAGGAACUGCAGCGAGGCUUCUGCAGUGCGGCGCUAGCUUUGGCUCUCGCCAGGGAGGCCCGGUCACCGGAGCGGCUCGAGGCAAGACGGGCUGAGUCGGGUGGGCAGGAACGUUUCCCACUGUUCACCUCGGCCCGUUCCUACCCCUGCAGCCCGCCGCGGAUCCCCGCUUCCCCCCCAAGCCAGGCCGCCGCGAGCAGGGCAGCGGCAGCUGAAAACGUCCGAGAGGCUCGCGCCGUAGCUACCCCAGCCGGGCUCCGCCAAUGGGACAUGCCGCCCCGCUCCCCUCCCCCGCGGCUGCCCGCUGUGACCCGCCCCUGCCCCGGUCACAAUCACCAGCCGGGCGCUAGGGGCAACCGGGCGGCGUCCCGCGCUCACGGCUCCCAGCGGCCCCGGCCCUCGCCCGCGGCAGGGAGCGGCUCCCCCCGACCCCCGCUGACUCUGGGGCUCGGCCCCCGCCGCCGAACGGGCUGGAGCCGCCGGGGCGAAGCGCCUCUUGCCGACCCCACACGGCGCCGCGGGGCGGGCGGCCGAGACCCGCCCUUCCCCCCAUCAACGGGGCCGGGGCCGCGGCCGCCCAGGACCCCCGCGGCAGACCCCGCCCCGGCUCCCCGGCCCCGCCAGGAGACAAAAUAAUGUGGGAUCCAUAUGAAACUACAAUGAAACAUGAAUACCCAUAUAGAGAACCAGUGGAGACUGAAGCAGUACGGCCCAGAACAUCAAAAGGACAUGUGAAUCCAUACCAACUUAGUGAUCCUAUUGGCUUUAAUACUUACAGAGAAGAGUUCUGUUGGAAACCAUAUUCCAAGGCAGAACCUAUAAUGACUGGCUCUUCAUCAGGAACAAGAAGAAACAAUCCUCAUCCCAGUCAAAGUUUCAUGAUUUGGAAGGUGCCUCGAGAAGAAAAAGCGCAGCCCUCCAACAGCUUUUCACCCUGGACACAGCCUAUUUCUAAACAAGAGGUCGAGGAAGCAAUCAGAGCACAGUUCAGCUCUACCUAUAAUGGAGAUUAUUUAGGAUUACCACAGGGUUUACAAAUUAAAGAUACUAUUCCUGUGCCUCCUGACUGGAAAAAAAAAAUCCCACAUCCUCCAGCAACUGAGUUUAGGCAUCAUUACCAGGCCCCAGCCCGCAUCCAUGACUUCAUGGACUUUUCCUGUAAAUAUGGAUGUAAUGCAAAAAGGCAUAUUCCAGCAAAAGGAGUUGUUCCUACCGUGAUAUUUUCUCACAUCCAGAACCAAGAAAACAUUAAACAGAUGACCACGUACCAAAGAGAUUUUGGGAAAGAAUAUUUCAAUAUCAUAUCAAUGUUAAAUUCUCUGGAUCCAGAACAAGUUAAUAAGUACAUUGAAAGAGCUCCAAAGCAAGAGAGAGCAAUUCUUCAGCACUUUCUUAACACAGUUUGUGGGAGCCAGAGUGAGAAAUUCAGAAGGACUUCACCUUCAAAGAAACUAUCAUCUGACAAACUAUCUGAAUGCAAAUGAUACCCAAAAAUCCAAAAGGAGAAAGGCCUCCAGAAUCCGGCUGGUGCUGAAUGAGUGGCGUAAUUGUAACCUAUAAUGUCUUUGUGUUCUGUGUGUGUGUGAUAAAUAAUUUGCAAAACCCUGUUUUAAAAUAAUAAAGGCUGUUGUGCUGCUACCUCAUCAAAUAGGGUGCUGCCUUUGAGAGCAAUAGAAUGUUAAAAGGGAUUUCUGUACUGUAAAUUCUAGCAAAACAUUUAUUCCUGCCUCAGAAGAUCAUGUAAGUAUGUUGUCUGUCAAAGAUGUCAUGUACUCUAAUUAUGAUUGUUGCUUUGUAGGGGUAAAUGAAACAACAUCUCCCACCCUCGAAUUCAAUCCUCAAACCCAAGAUUCAGCAUUAGGGCUAAACUCUUGAUUUUUAAAUAUUUUCCCCGUGGCCAACUGCAGUCUUACCUGAAUGACAUCCCACUACUGACGGACCAGAAGGCCAAUACAGCAGAUUUUAAGUAGUCAGCCAGCUUGUAAGCCCAUCCUUCAAGUAAGCCAGCCUUUGAAGUUUACGUCUACCCUCAUCCAAGGGAAGCAGGUCCCUAAAUCCCAAAUCUACCAUCUCUCAAGUCUGCCAGCUGACUCAGGCUAAGGGGCUGUUUAAUUGUGGUGUAGACGUUUGGCUCUGGGACCUUCCCACCUUGCAGGGUCCUAGAGCCGAGGUGCCAGCCCAAGCCUGAAUGUCCAAACCGCAAUUAAACAACGCCUUAGCCUGAGCCCCACAAGCCCAAGUCAACUGGAAGAGGCCAGCUGUAGGUGUCUAACUGCACUGUAGACAUAGCCCAAGUGGUCAAUGAACAUCCACCUCCACCCCCCCACAACAGAGUAGCUGCAUGAGCACCUACAGCUGCUGGAGGCUCUCCCCAGAAUGGAAAUAUUGUUUAAAAAAUAGUGUCAGCCCUAUAAGAAGCAACACCCUGUAUGUUCACUGAACCUACAGCUCUUGAUGCAUGUUAACUCCAUUAAGAAUUGGAUUAAGAAGUCAAUUUUAAUUAUUUUAGCUCAUUGAUUCAGCAGCUGUUAAUUUCUCCAAUCUACUUUUACCCUAAACCUAACCCCCCCGCACACACAUUUUAAUUCUAAACAUAAGAUUUUUAUUAUACUGAAAACCCUUCUCCUAAAAAAUUAUAUUAUUUCUUAUACCUUGAAUUUAUCAAAAAUUAAUCAGAUGGUUUAUCUACAGACAAAUCCCAGAUUUUGCGAAGCUGGCCUCUUUACAAGUGCUACUCAAAACCUGAUCACUCUUGGAGUUCAUGUGUUUACAUUUUUCUAAUUAAAGGAUCCUCCAUCAAUAGUCACUCCUCUUCUAGAUGAGGAAUGUGUCUUGAGAUAGGCGACUUGGAACAGCCACUGACUUCACUAUACUUUGUCUAUCUACCAUUUAAAGUACCAAUCCUCUAAGGACAAGUUAGUAUGUGCAUGUAACUAUGUAAGUGAGUAGUGUGUGACUACUUUAACCAUGUUCCAGACUAGUCUGUAGGAAGAAACCCUGCUACGUACAGGACCAGGAGACAUUAAAGUGGGUUUGUUUGGAAGAUUGGCCUCAUUAACCUGCCAGUUAGGGACCUGCUGCUCUUGGGUGAGUGGGGUCUUGCCAGCCCACCCACACCCUAUUCUGCCCACCCAAAAGAAAGGCCUUCAGCCUAGAUAGCUGUUUGUUUUGGUUCACUGGCCGUUCCAAUCAGUUAUUCACGCAGCUCUAGCGAAGAGACCCAGUGAUUAUGUGACUCUUCUGGCCUAACGUGGUACACAGAGGCUGUAUUGCUUGAAAUGGAUACUAGUGCUCCAUCCCAUGCCCUUGUGCUUGGAAGGAGGAUGUCAGUCUGUGCAAUCACUGUGCAGUUGUCUUGCACAAAGUCCAGAUGGUUGCAGGCAGGGACCCAAUAAUUACUGAAAGAUUAAGAAAAGAAAGUGAAGAUGUCUUACCUAUUAAUAGUUAAAUAGUGGUAGCUACUAAUACACUGAAAUGAGCUUUUGAGGCAAACAGCAAAUCAGCAGGAUUAUCAGAUACUUUACUUCCAAGAGUCUUAUAAGGCUUGUAGUCAUUGCUUGUGAAUGGGCUGGAAGAUGUGGAUGAUCACAGUAAUAUGGCUAAGGGUCACAGAAGAAUGUCUCAUUCAGAAAUUUAAUAUCAUUGACACUGAGGUGACCAUGUAACACUAGACUUGAGGCAAUAUCUCAUAUGCUGAAGGAAGGAAAGUACAUCAAUGAGAGCAUUAAAAGCUACAGUCAGAGCAAACACACACAAAGAAAAACGAGGCCCUUAUUUCUACGGUUGGUACAUAUGUACUAGCAGCAGGGAUGGUGAAUUUAUAUCCAAUAUAAAGUUAUGCAUGGGUGGUCAUGUAACUGAAAAAAGAGGCUGUCAUUUUGUUUGCUGUAUACUUAACCUUGAAAUAUAUAAGAGGUCUCUACUUGCUGCAGUUGUGGUUAUGAGGCACUUACUAUUGUGUGUUCUAAUUUUGAUGCAAAGAGAGUGAUUUUUUUGUGCUCUCAUGAAGACUUUAUAUUUGUUCUCACUCUGUAUUUCCUUAAUCUGAAAGAAGUAAUCUGGACUGAAAAUACCUGUUUUGUUCUUUGUGUGCUGGAGAACACAACAAAACAGGGGAUUUUGAGUUCCCUUAACUAGUUCUUAAAAGUCACUAGUUUAUCUUCCAUGCAUUUGAUGGUCUUUUACUAAAGAACUGUACUUUUUGCCUCUCUAAAUGUUUUGCCUUUCUAAAUAAAGUAGCUUGACUGAG